CUGGAACAAAGUCACGAAUGAGUCAGACUCGUUUGACAACUCCAAUACACUAUUCAAUGUAUAACACAAUGUGCGUGAUACAACAGGAAAAGUUAAUUGUUUAAAUUUUUUAAAUUGUUAAUUUUUAGUAUUCAUGUUUUAUAUUAUUUUUAUAUAUUUGCAAAUAAAAAUUGUUUAAAUACGGUCAUACAGGAGUAAAUCAAAAAUUAGUAUCUAUAUAGACUCUAAUCAGCUUAAAUAAAGGAAAAUUGUAUCGUGACGGAUGUAUCGACCUGUUUUCUUCUUUGUUCUGCUGUUUGCUGGUUAAACAUCGUGCCGUUCGGCUAGAAAUGAAGAUCAACCGUAGUCUGUCCCCGGCCAGUUAUGGGAAAUGAGGUUCUCCAGAAUCAUCAUGAUAUCCAUCCCCUUGUGCACGUCGUUCGCCCUGCUGCUUUCGACCAUUUUGUUCUUGAGAUACGGUUCGUGUCCGGAGGGGAAUUUUUCUUGUGCCUCCUCCGACAUGUGCGUGUUGCAGCGUCUUGUCUGCAACGGGAAAGCCGACUGCCCCAACGGCGAGGAUGAGGACGUAAUUAUUUGCUCUGAUUUGCACGGGGGCUUCUCGAGUAUGAUCGCAUCCCUGAAGAACAGGACAAGCAAUGCUUUUUGCGAAUUGAGCAACGUACCAAAGCAGUGCAAAUGCAAAAGCUCCGUGCUUUGUUGCAAAUCAAGAAACCUGACAGAAAUACCGACUGGAGUUCAGGGAAAUGUUAACGGAAUAAUAGUCAUGAACACCCAGAUUGAACUUUUUGAUACAACGUUUUUGAAUUAUCAUCCUUCUCUAAUAAAUCUUGGGAACAACGGUUUAACCAAACUACCUUCGAAAGUCUUCAAAGGGCAAAUAUACUUGAAAAAAUUGUUUUUAAUUAAAAACAAGUUAGAAACACUGAAUGGCAGUCUUUCUGUUGAAUUUGUAAACCUGAAUUGGCUUUUCCUGUACGACAACUAUCUCACUGAACUGAAAGCCAAAAAUUGGAAGAUGCAAUAUCUUACCUGGCUGGAUGCCUCAAAAAACAAAUUGACUCUGAAAAACGAGACUUUCAACCGUCUGACUUCUCUCAAGUUUCUUUAUCUGGAGAGAAAUAUGAUUCAAGAAAUAAACAAUGACAUAUUUGCAAAUCUCACUAAUCUUAUUGACCUAGAUCUGAGUUGGAACAUCAUAAAAUUUAUAGGACCAAGAGCCUUUGCCAGUCUUUACAAGCUGACAGAUUUGAAUUUAAUGAACAACUUAAUCCUAAGGCUCACUUCAACCCAUUUCCUCAUGUUAAAAAAUGUCCAGAAACUCCAACUCGGAGGCAAUGCUCGCUUGGAAAUUGGCAAUUACUUCUUCCCAUUAGAAUCAUUGAGAUCGUUGAAUUUAAAGGAUAUUGAAUUGCCAAAUUUGGAGUCUAGCAUUUUUGAAAUGUUGACAAGAUUGGAAAUUAUCUAUUUCAAAAAAUAUAAAUAUUGCACUUAUGUGCCACAAGUCAAGAGAUGCGUACCAAGAGCUGAUGGAUUGUCUUCAGAAAACGACUUGAUCGCAAAUGAUCUAUUGAGGUGGACACUUUGGACAAUAAUGAUUACAACUCUGAUAACAAAUUCAAUGGUCAUCUUGAGGAGGGUUGUCAGUUUCCAGACGUCCCCGCUGAGUUUGAUCAUCACAAACCUUGCCAUAGCCGACAUGUUCAUGGGUGUUUAUCUGCUCAUCAUUGGAGCUGGGGAUUUAUUUUAUAGAAAUGUUUACAGGAAGUAUGCUCACAUUUGGGUCAACUCUUGGACCUGCACAGUGGCCGGAGUCAUUGCAAUGAUGUCUUCGGAGGCAAGCAUACUGUUCUUGUUACUGAUCAGUGCUGAGAGGUUUCUGCUAAUUUCAUCUCCCCUGGGAGCUCACAAAAAUUUGACUACCAAAUCUGCCUACAGCAGUUGCAUCUCUAUUUGGCUGUUCUCCCUAUUACUUGCAAUUCUUCCAGUAUUCAAUUGGCGAUAUGCUACACGAUUUUAUGGAAAAAAUAGUUUCUGCUUUCCACUACAUAUCGACGAGCCAUAUAUGGUCGGUUGGCAAUAUUCAUCUUUGAUAUUUUUAGGAAUCAACUCUUUCAGUAUUAUAGGAAUUGGUCUUAUGUACGUUGGAGUCUUCGUGAGCAUUUGGAAGACGAGGAAUGCAACGACCCUUUGCGUCAAUGACUCAAGCUUUGCAUUAAGAUUUAUUUUCAUUGUGAUGGCCAAUUGCUGCUGUUGGGUUCCUAUAAUUGUGCUUAAAAUUAUGGCUUUUCUUUCCUGUGAUAUAUCGAAAGAUAUAAUUGGAUGGAUUGGCGUAUUCAUUCUACCAGUCAAUUCUGCAGUUAAUCCCGUCCUGUACACCUUCACCAUUCCCAAUAACUAAUACAUUCAAAGGCAAAAGCCUCAAAUUUUAUUCUCUAAAAUAAAUGUAAUGGAAAAAAAUUUACAAAAUAAAAAUACUAUCAAUCA